GCUUCGGACUUAGCCUAAAACGUGACACUUUGAUCUUGUUGAACUCACAGUGCUUAGAUCUCUUCCGAAAACAUCAUGAUAGAGGCACCACCAUGAGUAUUGUGAGAGAGUAUUGAGUAUCAAGAACAUAAAGAGGUAAUUAUUGAGACAAAACAUUGCUGAACAGGGGCAGAACUGACCAUAAUAGCAGAUAAAAUUUGAUACUGCUGAACUGAACAGUUAUCCUAGAGAACUCAUUAUCAUGACCAAGAUCUUGGAUUUUGACUCUGCGUUACAACACAUCGGAGAAUUUGGCCGCCAUCAAAAGAAAAUCUAUCUCCUGGUUAAUCUGAUCUCUAUUCCUUUUUCUGCUACAAUGUUGAUUAUCGUUUUUGUUGGAGCCGUCCCCGAAUGGAAAUGUCCUUCACCGAGUGGCCCAUUGUCACACUGUAACUCAAGCCAUCCUGGUUGUUGUGAUAAACACGGUUCUCUUUGUCCUGGAGCGGAAUACACAUCAAAAUUUACUUCCAUCGCGGGCGAAUGGAACUUAGUUUGUGACAGUCGUUACAAAACUGAGCUGACUCAAUCAAUCUUUGUGGCUGGACAUAUGUUUGGUGGUCUCAUCUUUGGUAUUUUGUCUGAUAAAUAUGGACGUCGAAGACCUUGGCUUUUUGUGUACUUUGCAGGUUCUAUUUUAGCUCUUAUGUCUAGUGUAGUAUCAUAUUACGAGGAAUUCCUGGUCUUGAGAUUUGCUAUGGGUUUGUUAAAUGGUGGAGGGGGUCUAACAACAUACGUGAUUUCAACAGAAUCAAUUGGACCAGCUUAUCGAGGUGAGCUGAUUGUAUAACAUUACAACCUGGUGAGAUCUGAAAAUAAAUUAUUACAGGGUGCAAAGAAAGUCAGUUUUAUGGCUUGCCAUUCAGGCAAGUUGUUGAACAGCAUUGAUUACAGUUCUUCUGUAAUUUGAAUUUCCCCCAAAACUUCACCUGUUAAGAACAGGAUUCACUAGCCCGAUUGCAAAAUCCGCUAGCCCUGGGCUAUCGGACAUGACUUUCUUUACACGCUGUAUUGGAACUUUAUGUUUGAACCAGGCCUUAGGAACCUGGAGGGGAGGGGGUACUCGACCAAUACUUGGGUAUAGGUGAGCUGUUAAGGGUUUGAAACCCUGAUGCCAUUUAGGACAAAAAAAUUCCUUAAAUACAUACCCUGUUUAGGACAACACCCUCGAUAUUAUUACCCUGUUUAAUUUAGGACAAAGGACAAAAUGCACUCCAGAGCAAAUUCACAUUAUAGUCAUUGCUUUUGUAUACUUGCAGUACAAACAAAAUUCAUCUAGCAAAUUGAAUCAAUCUUGCCGGUAAUACCCUGUUGACAGACUGACACAAAAUUAUAUACCCUGUUUAGGACAGACUCAUAUAAAAUUAUGUACCUUGUUUAGGACAGAGACUAAGGUAAAAAACCAUGCCCUGUCUAGUGGCACAUCCCCAUAUAGGCCAUUUAAGGGAGUACCCCCUGCCCUCGGCUUAGGAAUAAGUUUUUGUGGGCACUUUGAUGUGUAAAUGUGUCACUCACUCCCACAUUCACUCACUACAGUGGAUGCCUGUUAAUAUGGUCACUUGGCCGUAUUACCGGGCACGCUCAAAUUUCAUGACUUGCAAGCUGUAAUGACAAAUACACCAUACAUCAUCAAGUAAUCGAAAAGCCACUUAAAAUUUUCCUUCGGUACUUGAAAGUCUUUUAAAAUUCGGCUAUAAAUUGCCGCAAGCGAAUUUUAAGUGUACUGUAGUCGAAAAACAGUACAGGAAUGAGCUCAGAUUGAUAUGUCACAGGCAUUUUAAUUUUCUAAGUUUCAAACGAGUAGCCAUAUUAACGGGGUGAAAUUAUAAGAGAUUCUGCUGUUUGUGAUUUUCAAAUGUGGCCGUUGGCCGUAUCAAGGGAGUUUUUCAUAAGUAAAUGUAUGGCUGUUUUGCCUGGCUGAAAAAAACUGGUAUAAUAACAAGGUGACCUUACGACUGAGGUGGCCGUAGGCGGGGUUCCACUGUAACAUUUUUACACUGUUUUUUUAAUUUAUUUUAGCAACAGCUGGUACGUGGCUACAUGCAUUUUACAACAUUGGUUAUGUGAUCCUGGCUCUUGAAGCAUAUCUCAUUCGUGAUUGGAGGACACUGACAGUCAUUUCAGUUCUUCCUUAUUUCAUUUUAAUACCGUUUGUUAACAAAAUCCCAGAAUCUCCAAGGUGGCUGGCUUCACAAGGCCGAACAAGAGAAGCAGAAACCAUCAUGAGAAAAAUUGAAGCAGAAAAUGGCUACCACAAUAGUGACAAGAUAAUUUUGAAAACAGAGACAAAGCAUGGUGUUGAAUCAUCCCAGUAUGGAACAAUGGACUUAUUUACUCACAAGUCAGUAUUUAUUAUAACAAUAAUUAUGAUGAUAACAUGGUGUAUAAAUAGUAUGGUGUAUUAUGGACUUGUCUUAAAUGUCAAAAACCUUGAAGGAAGCCUGUAUGUUAACUUUGCACUUGGCAGCCUGAUUGAUCUACCCUUAUGUGCUGCAACACAGUUUCUCCUUUCAUGGCUUGGGCGUAGACAAAGUUUAAUUUGUCUUUUUAUUGUUGGGAGCAUGUUUUGUUUCUUGUGUAUGAUUUUUCAAUCUCAAGGUGGACAGAAUGUAGCUGCCAUUUCCACAGCAGCAUUUGGUGGCAGGUUUUGUCUAUCUGCCUCAUUUGCUGUAUUGUAUGUUUACGCUUCAGAACUCUUCCCAACUGUAGCUCACAGUGCAGGUAUGGGUAUAUCAAGUUUGUCUGCCAGGAUUGGUGGAAUUAUUGCACCCUUUAUAGUCCUGUUAGGGGAUCAUCAUAUUUUUUUGCCCAUGUUUGUUUUUGCAUGUGUUGCCUUGUUUGCUGGUGUUGUAGGUUUGAGACUUCAUGAGACAAAAGGAAAACCAUUACCAGAGACAUUUGAAGACCUUCAGUGAUAAAAACUAAUAUUAUAUAGUCCUUCUCCCUGGUUCAAUGUAUCUUUCUUU